CUCUCCUGGGUUUUGGUCAGGUUCACUGUUUCACUAGAGGAAGGACGGUGAGGAAGAAAAGGGACCGGCUGAAGGCAGAACGCAGAACCCAGUCUGUCACCAGAGAAGAAAUGCUGCCCAACAAGGACAGUGGCUACAUGGAUGAGGCGUCUCACAGUAGUGAGCGUCUGGCCAGCAGGGCCGGCCUCAACAGAGCAGGGCUGCCUCACCAUCAUCACCACCGCCUUCACUACAGUAAAACAUCAGUCACCCCAACCAGCCCUUACCACAGAAGGAGAAGACAUAAGCUUUUCAAAGAACAGGACUUGGCAGAGGAUACUCCUAGAAGAAGAAUGAAUGGCCAUCCCGACCUCCACAGGAAGAGCAGACUGUGUACAUAUGAUGAAGCCCCUCCUCACAACAGCAAAACCUAUCAGCUAUACACCCUGUACCGCGACAAGGACGGCAAUGUCAAACAGGCCCCAGCCAAUGGCUGCCACUGUAAGCCCCUGAUCAAGAGGCUAGAGGGAGAGCUGAAUGCCACUAAAGAGGAGAUGAGGACACAGAUGCUGACGGUUCAGGAGCAAGUCUAUACUAGGCUUGGGAGGAUGGACCGCAAGAGCAUACACCAGAUCAAAGUGCUGGACAUGCUGACCCAGGAGAGGGUGGCAGCAGAGAGGAUGGAGUGUCUCUACAGGAUGGACCAGAGAGCUGCCCAGAGCAGAGAGGAGGCACAGAGGAGACAAGUAUUGUAUUACAUGGCACAACCACACCCUUAUAUACCUUCUAUCUACAUCCCAAAUGGAACUCUAUUCCCUAUAUAGUGUACUACUUUUAACCAGGGCCUUAUUCACCCUUCUUAAUAACGUCUGAAACGUAUUCACAACAUAUCUAACUAACAUCUUCACUAACCCACAUCCUCUGAAAACAUGACAACAUGUAUUUCUGGUGUUCAUUCACACACCAAGCAGGCAGCAGUGACCCUAAUCCCUAUGUUUCUCUGGUUGUUCACACACAAAACAGGCAGCAGUCACCCUAAUCCUAACCCUAACCCCUGGGUUUGCGUCCCUUUGAUAUUUUAAGUAGAAAUCGUGCACCAUUUCUAUUUUUUUAAGCCUGUUAAAUUAACUGAUGUGCCUUUUAAUAUAGACCACAUGAAGAAUUUAAUAAAUCAGAUUUUUAAUAAAGACAUUCAGCAUUUUGACAUGUUCCUCCUUUGUGACUUCUAUGAAGAUCUUAUCCCACUUAAUCGCAAAAUUUCUCCAGGUUUGCAAAGCCCUAGUUAUUUUGUUGCUUUGACAAAGUAAUUUCUGAAAAUGAUUAUUUAGUUGAUGGGAUUAGUGAUUAAUUUACAUCUGUCCCUCAUUUUAAGGUCAACCCUGUUAUGUGAACUGAAUUGUCAUUUUAAUGUGUUGAAACUAUUCCUUUUGAAAUAUUUUUUAUCUAAAGAAAAAUGUAACAUCUAAUAGUAAA